UCUGGCUUUUAAAUUUGUCAAUAUUUUAAAUUGAAUUUCCAAAAUAUUUAUUUGUUUAAUUAAAUUGAAAGUCAGUUUUUUAUAAUAUAUACUGCGGAUAUAAUGAGUAAGCCGGAUAGAUGGCCGCUGGAGGGGCACAAUGCGAUCGCGGUUCGAAACGUAGACUACGAAGGAUCGCGGCUUGUGGAGAUCUUUAUAACCUCAUUUCUGUCGGCUGUCAAUGCGGAUUUGUUUGUGUAUCCAUUGGAUGUGACCAAGACGCGUCUGCAAAUUCAGGGCGAGCACAGCAAUCCGUACGCCAAUGUGGUCAAGUAUCGUGGACUCUUCGGCACGGCGCUGGGCGUGAUCAAGGAGGAGGGUUUCCUGAAGCUAUACAGCGGCUUCUCGGCGCUUGUGCUGCGACAUACGUUUGUGUCCGGCAUCAAGAUCGGCUCCUAUGACUAUCUGCGGACAAAAUGGUCCGUCCGAACGGACGACAAGGUGACCAUCAGCUUUCCCUGCACAAUGCUGGCGGGUCUGGUAUCCGGCGCCAUAUCCACGAUCGCCAGCAAUCCACUCGAUCUGGUCAAGCUGCAAAUGCAGAUGGAGAGCAAGCGCACGUUGUUGGGAAUGCCGCCACGUUCCACCGACAUCCUGCAGGCGCUGCGAUUCAUCUAUACCCAGGGCGGACUGCGCAGCUUGUAUCGCGGCCUCGGGCCGAACAUAAUGCGUGCCUCCCUCUUUUCCCUUGGCGGCAUCAGCUUCUAUGAUUUGGGCAAGCGCAAUAUCCGGAAACUUUUGAAUAGCGAGGAUAAUUUACUGGUGCAAUUCCUGGCCGCCAUGGUGGCGGGAUUUUUCUGCUCGGCGCUCAGCUCGCCCGCGGAUGUGGUCAAGUCGCGCAUCAUGAAUCAGCCUGUCGACGAUCAGGGCAGACCUUUGCGCUAUAAGAACAGCAUAGAUUGCAUACAACAAUUGGUGAAGGAGGAGGGAGCAAUGGCCAUUUAUAAGGGCUUUAUGCCAUAUUGGAUACGCUGCGGUCCCUGGUUUUUGGUAUUCUGGAUGAGUUUCGAGGGCAUACGACGCUUCAAUGGAUAUGGCACGUUUUGAACAUGAUCUUUUUAGAAUCAUCAUGCAGAAUUGAUGAAUGGGAUUUGGAUUCUUUUUUUUUUAGAAGACUCUUUUUAAAAUUUAUGUAUUUAUGUAUUUCGAUGCGAGAUCCUAUUUUUACUGUUUGGUAUUUUGGAUGGAACUUAAUGGUCAAAUUCUACAUCCGUUAACACAAGAAAAAUAUCUCGAUUUAGCAAUAGUGCUUUAUUUCUUAUAUACCAAAAAGAGUUAAUAUUUAUGUAGAUGCGUAUAAGCUGAAGGUUAGAGAGAUCGAGAUAGAAGGAGGUUGUACGUGCUUUUUUGCAAUAUGGUGAAACUCAAAAUUAGUUUAAGCAAACUUAUCAAAGAGAAAAAACUUAAAAAUGUAUCAGUUCCUGUGCUGCCAGAUCGCCACAACUGCUUUUUAAUUUGAUAAUCUAAUUUAACUUAAUAUUAAUAAUAAUAAUAAAAUAGCAUCAACAAAACAAAUAAAAAAA